UGGCGGAGAUCGCCGUCUCUCUUCAGUGUUUCCGACAUCCGCAGUCCUGCCGCGCGUUACAGGAUAGCUGUUAAUGUUUACCAAAGCUCACUGCCCUGGAUGGUCCUUAACUAAAGAAGCAGUCGCUGCAGGAUGAAAACAUGGCUGCACCCCUUCUUGCACCGCCAGGACCUGACAGCUUCAGAUUGUUUACCCCGGAGUCUCUGGCUAACAUCGAGAAGCGCAUUGCUGAGGAAAAAGCCAAGCCUCCACCCAAGCCAGACAGCAGUUAUCGUGAUGAUGAUGACGAGAACAAGCCCAAACCCAACAGUGACCUGGAAGCGACCAAAAACCUGCCCUUCAUCUAUGGCGACAUCCCUCCUGGAAUGGUGGCGACACCACUGGAGGACCUUGAUCCUUUCUAUUUGAAUAAAAAAACAUUUAUAGUGGUAAACAAAGGAAAAACAAUCUUCCGUUUUAGUGCCACUCCAUCCUUGUACAUUAUAAGUCCUUUUAAUCUUCUUAGGCGAAUAGCUAUUAAAAUUUUGAUACAUUCAUUAUUCAGCAUGAUCAUCAUGUGUACGAUUUUGACCAACUGUGUAUUCAUGACGUUUAGUAACCCUCCAGAAUGGUCCAAACAAGUAGAGUACACAUUCACAGGAAUUUAUACGUUCGAGUCAGCCAUCAAAAUCAUUGCUCGUGGCUUCUGUAUAGACGACUUCACAUUCCUAAGAGAUCCAUGGAACUGGCUGGACUUCAUGGUCAUCUCAAUGGCGUAUAUAACAGAGUUUGUAAACCUAGGCAAUGUCUCAGCUCUGCGCACGUUCAGAGUUCUGAGGGCAUUGAAAACUAUUUCUGUAAUCCCAGGUCUAAAGACCAUUGUCGGCGCCUUGAUCCAGUCCGUGAAGAAGCUGUCAGACGUGAUGAUCCUCACUGUGUUCUGCCUCAGUGUGUUUGCACUCAUUGGCCUGCAGCUCUUCAUGGGAAACCUGCGGCACAAGUGUGUCAUCUGGCCCAUCAACAUCACCGAACACUACCAGGCCAAUGGCAGCCACGCCUUCAACUGGGACGAGUACAUCAUGAAUGAGACCAAUUUCUACACGCUCCCUGGCAGCCUGGAUGCUCUGUUAUGUGGAAACGGUUCUGAUGCUGGUCGGUGUCCUGAAGGCUACACAUGUAUGAAGGCUGGACGCAAUCCAAACUACGGCUACACCAGCUUUGACAGCUUCGGCUGGGCAUUUCUUGCUCUUUUCCGCCUUAUGACGCAAGACUUUUGGGAGAACUUGUACAUGCUGACUCUGCGAGCAGCGGGGAAGACCUACAUGAUCUUUUUUGUGUUGGUGAUCUUCGUGGGCUCGUUCUACCUGGUCAAUUUGAUCCUGGCUGUGGUAGCCAUGGCUUAUGAGGAGCAGAACCAGGCCACCAUGGAGGAAGCCGCACGUAAAGAGGAGGAAUUCAAAGCCAUGCUAGAACAGCUUAGGAAACAGCAAGAGGAAGCUCAGGCGAACGCCAUGGCCACAUCAGCAGGUACGGUGUCAGAGGACGCGGCUGAGGAUGAUGGAGUGGAGAACUUGUCGUGUAGCUCCUCUGAGAUGUCUAAACUCAGUUCUAAGAGCGCCAAGGAGCGCAGGAACCGCAAAAAGAAGUGGAAACAGAAGGAGCAAGACAGGGAAAAAGGGGACAGUGAGAAGUUUGUUAAAUCUGAAUCAGAUGAUGGCAGCAAGAAGAGGUUCCGUUUCCCUGACAAUCGCUUAGGCCGGAGGUCCUCCAUCAUGAACCAGUCUCUCCUCAGCAUCCCUGGCUCGCCCUUCUUAUCGCGACACAACAGCAAGAGCAGCAUCUUCAGCUUCAAAGGCCGCUGCCGGGACGCUGGCUCUGAGAAUGAGUUUGCGGAUGAUGAGCACAGCACCGUGGAGGAGUGCGAUCAAAGACGCAGCUCGCUAUUUAGCCCGUACCGCCGAAGCAGCUACACCGGCUACCAUGGCAAACACAACAGCACGGUGGAUUGCAACGGGGUCGUGUCUUUAAUCGGGCCUGGUCCUGGAGGACGCCUACUGCCUGAGCCAACCACUGACAUUGAGAUUAAGAAGAAACUCUCAGGCUCUUUAAUGGUUUCUAUGGACCAACUCAAUGCUUCGUUUGGGCACAAAGAGCGAGCGAACAGCGUCAUGAGUGUCACCAAUACAUUAGUAGAGGAACUGGAGGAAUCACAGAGAAAGUGUCCACCAUGCUGGUACAAGUUUGCCAACACCUUCCUUAUCUGGGAAUGCUGCCCUAUAUGGCUGAAGAUCAAGGAGAUUGUUAACCUCAUUGUGAUGGACCCCUUUGUAGACUUGGCUAUCACUAUAUGUAUCGUCCUCAACACUCUCUUCAUGGCCAUGGAGCACUACCCGAUGACGCCACAAUUUGAGCACGUGUUGAGUGUGGGCAACCUGGUAUUUACUGGAAUCUUCACUGCUGAAAUGGUGGCCAAACUGGUUGCAAUGGACCCAUACUACUAUUUCCAGGAGGGCUGGAAUAUCUUUGAUGGUUUUAUUGUCAGCCUGAGCUUGAUGGAGCUUGGACUGGCUAAUGUGGAGGGCCUGUCAGUGCUCAGAUCAUUCCGAUUGCUGCGAGUGUUUAAGCUGGCAAAGUCAUGGCCCACUUUGAACAUGCUGAUAAAGAUCAUUGGGAACUCAGUGGGUGCUCUGGGGAACCUGACUCUGGUCCUGGCCAUCAUUGUCUUCAUCUUUGCCGUGGUGGGCAUGCAGCUGUUUGGGAAGAACUACCGGGACUGUGUGUGUAAGAUUGCUGAAAGUUGCGAGCUGCCCCGUUGGCAUAUGAAUGACUUCUUCCACUCGUUUCUGAUCGUGUUCCGUGUGCUGUGUGGAGAGUGGAUUGAGACGAUGUGGGACUGCAUGGAGGUCGCUGGCCAGGCUAUGUGUCUCAUCGUGUUUAUGAUGGUCAUGGUCAUCGGAAACUUAGUGGUUCUGAAUCUGUUCCUUGCCUUGCUGCUGAGCUCAUUCAGUGCAGACAACCUGGCAGCCACGGACGAUGACGGAGAGAUGAACAACCUGCAGAUCUCUGUUAACCGUAUCAAAAAAGGCAUCGCUUGGGUUAAGGCCAAAAUUCGACAGUUAGUGCGUGCUAGGAAAGUGGUGGACGAGGCAAAGCCUCUGGAUGAGCUGUACGACAAGAAACUGAACUGCAUCACUAACCACACGGACCUCAAUCGCGAGUUGGACUACCAGAAAGAUGCCAACGGUACCACCAGCGGCAUCGGAAGCAGUGUGGGCAAGUACAUGAUCGACGAGGACCACAUGUCCUUCAUCCACAACCCCAAUCUGACCGUCUGUGUGCCCAUCGCGGCAGGGGAGUCUGACUUUGAAAACCUAAAUACAGAGGACUUCAGCAGCGAGUCAGAAGCUGAGGGUAGUAAAGAUGGGCUGGAUGACAGCAGUUCUUCGGAAGGCAGCACUAUAGACAUUAAGCCGGAGGUCGAGGAAGCUGUGGUGGUGGAGGCAGUGGAGGAGUAUGUUGACCCAGAGGCAUGCUGGACUGAAGCUUGCAUUGCACGCUACAAAUGCUGUGACGUGCCAAUCACCGAGGGUUGGGGGAAGAGCUGGUGGUACCUCCGCAAGACCUGCUAUCUUAUAGUGGAGCACAACUGGUUUGAAACGCUCAUCAUCUUCAUGAUUCUCCUGAGUAGUGGAGCUUUGGCUUUUGAAGAUGUUUACAUCGAGCAGAGGAAGACUAUUCGGAUCAUCUUGGAAUAUGCCGAUCGGGUGUUCACCUACAUAUUCAUCCUGGAGAUGUUGCUAAAAUGGGUAGCCUAUGGUUUUGUGAAGUAUUUCACCAACGCCUGGUGCUGGCUGGACUUCUUCAUUGUGGAUGUGUCUAUAGUCAGCCUUAUAGCUAAUGCGCUGGGCUACUCCGAAAUAGGGCCCAUUAAAUCACUCAGGACACUCAGGGCCCUGAGACCUCUCAGAGCAUUGUCCCGUUUUGAAGGGAUGAGGGUUGUAGUCAACGCCUUGGUGGGUGCCAUCCCUUCCAUUAUGAAUGUGUUGCUGGUUUGCCUCAUCUUUUGGCUGAUUUUUAGUAUCAUGGGUGUCAACCUGUUCGCGGGGAAGUAUUACUACUGCUUUAACGAAACGUCUGAGGAAUACUUUCCUCCCGACGAAGUGAACAACAAGACGCAAUGCUACGAGCUCAUCAACGCCAACAUCUCUGGGGUGCGCUGGAAAAACGUCAAGAUCAAUUUUGACAACGUAGGUGCCGGCUAUCUGGCUCUGCUGCAAGUGGCUACUUUCAAAGGUUGGAUGGACAUUAUGUAUGCAGCCGUUGAUUCCCGAAGGGUGGAAGACCAGCCCGUGUAUGAAGACAACAUCUAUAUGUACCUUUACUUUGUCAUCUUUAUUAUUUUCGGCUCGUUUUUCACCCUCAACCUGUUUAUUGGUGUCAUCAUCGACAAUUUCAACCAGCAAAAGAAAAAGUUUGGAGGUCAGGAUAUCUUCAUGACAGAAGAACAGAAGAAAUACUACAAUGCAAUGAAGAAACUUGGCUCAAAGAAACCACAAAAGCCCAUACCUAGACCUCAGAACAAGAUCCAAGGAAUGGUGUUCGAUUUUGUGACGCAGCAGGUCUUUGACAUCUCUAUCAUGAUCCUCAUCUGUCUGAACAUGGUGACUAUGAUGGUGGAAACAGAUGAUCAGUCAACGGAGACAGAAAAUAUACUGUACUGGGUGAACUUCAUCUUCAUUGUGGUCUUCACUUCUGAAUUCGUGCUCAAGCUCUUCGCUCUGCGUCACUACUAUUUCACCAAUGGUUGGAAUGUGUUUGAUUGUGUUGUGGUCAUUCUUUCUAUAGUCGGGAUGUUCUUGGCUGACUUGAUUGAGAAGUACUUUGUGUCACCGACCCUGUUUAGGGUUAUUCGUUUGGCAAGAAUUGGUCGUAUCCUGCGUCUGAUCAAAGGCGCCAAAGGCAUCCGGACAUUACUGUUUGCCUUGAUGAUGUCACUGCCAGCUCUCUUCAACAUCGGCUUGCUGCUCUUCCUGGUCAUGUUCAUCUUCUCCAUCUUCGGCAUGUCUAACUUUGCCUACGUUAAACGGGAAUCUGGAAUCGAUGACAUGUACAACUUUGAGACGUUUGGAAACAGCAUGAUCAUUCUGUUUAUGAUCACCACCUCUGCAGGGUGGGAUGGCCUAUUGGCUCCUAUCCUCAACUACCCACCAGACUGUGAUCCUGACAAGGAGAACCCGGGUACCUCGGUAAAGGGCAACUGUGGCAAUCCUUCCGUGGGCAUUUUCUUCUUUGUCAUGUACAUUAUUGUGUCUUUUCUGAUCGUGGUAAAUAUGUACAUUGCCAUUAUCCUGGAAAACUUUAGUGUGGCAACAGAAGAGAGUGCUGAUCCGCUGUGCGAAGAUGACUUUGAGUCCUUCUAUGAGAUCUGGGAGAAGUUCGAUCCUACAGCUUCGCAGUUUAUCACGUUCGCAAAGCUCAGUGACUUUGCUGACACUCUUGAACAUCCCCUAAGGGUGCCUAAGCCCAACACGAUAGAACUCAUUGCCAUGGACUUGCCCAUGGUGAGUGGAGACCGAAUUCACUGCCUGGACAUCCUGUUCGCCUUUACCAAGCGUGUUCUGGGUGACAGUGGUGACCUGGACAUGAUGCGGCAGCAGAUGGAAGAGCGCUUCAUUGCCGCCAAUCCUUCCAAGAUAUCCUUCGAGCCCAUCACCACUACGUUGCGGCGCAAGCAGGAGCACAUGUCUGCUUCGGUCAUCCAGCGCGCUUACCGCGCCCACCUUAUACGUCGAGGCUUCAUUUGCAAGCGGCUCCUAAGCAGCGGGAAGCUGGAGAACGGAGGGACCAACCAAGAGAAGAAGGAGGAUACGCCCUCCACUGCCUCACUGCCCUCCUACGACAGCGUGACCAAACCCGAGAAAGAAAAACUGGAUGAAAGCGAAAGCAAAGGCAAAAACCAAAAAGACAUCAAGGAAUCAAAGUGUUAGAACUAUGCCAUUGGUUAUAGCCAAAACAAGACACAAUUGUGAUGAGACUCAAACUCACGACUCUAACAAAUGUAAAGAAAAAUCAUUUUCAAUGAAACUGAGAAAAGUGGAAAAAAAAAAGUUGUUUACAGACAUUACAGAUGCGCCAGUGCAGAGAAAGCAGCUUGGUUUCUUACCACUUUGAUUACGACCAAAUCGAACCCUAUUGAGCUUCCUGUGUGGCCUCUGUACUCAGCGACCAAGAUUUUACAGCUCUACACAGCAACUAAAAAACACCCAUAAAAGGCCCAAGACAGAUAUCUAUGUUAGGGACCACC